AGCACGGAAAGAGGAACUAAAUACAUCACGGAUCUCCCAUACAAUGUCGUAAUCUGGACCUGAAGGAAACCAGUUACUGCCACCAAAGACUGCAAUGAACUAAAGAAAUCCAGGAGACCUAACGCCAGACCUAACUUCAGAAAAUACUUAAAAACAUAAGCCUGACUCCCAUGUCACACAAAAGCAAUGAAAAAUGAAAGGGAGUCAGAACCCAUCUUCUGUUUUUAAGAAGAAAAGAUGUCUGCUAGUAGGACACCUUCCUUUCAUGCUGGACAGGUUAUACGCAGUAGGUCAGAAGGAGAUUUGAUUGACUUUGGUGAUGGAAAACCUUCAGCAAGAACCAAUUUGCCAGAUGACAAAAAUAAACUGGAUGUGGAUAUGGACUGGUCUGAUAUAUUCAAACAGCAUACCCAUGCUGUUUCAAAAAUGAAUCCUUUCUGGAAUGAACUUUCAGAUUCCAACCCAUUUGUAUCUGACUUAGCCGAGUCAAAUAGCAGUGAGAAGAAAAAUAAACACAUUUCUAUCUUAAAGGAAGACCCUUAUUUGUUCUCUCGAGAUUCAAGCAACCGGGAUUCUUUUGCUUCAUCAGGUGACGAGUUAAAUAUAGAUUUUCUUCUACAAAGAACUUCAGCAAGGAGAUCGGGGAAAUCUAAGAGUAUUUCAGACUUUUUGGACAUUGUUGAUGCCAAAAAAUUUGAUCCUCCUAAAACAGAACCCUCGGGCCAGAUUUUAGCUUUGGAUAAGCAAUGGCUUCAGAAUAAUCGUGAUGCCUACAAGAUGGCUUGGUUAAGUCACCGACAGCUGGCCCGGUCAUGUGUUAAUUUAGAUGUGAUGAGUCAUAGUCCAGGAUGGGCACAAACACAAGCUACAGAUACUCAUAUAGUCUGUAAGAUGAAUCAUGAAGGGGGUUCAGUGCAACUGCCAAACUCUGAUAUCACUAUUCACAUCCCAAAGGGUCAUGUAUUAUCUGGGGACUUCCAAGAGAUUGGUUUAAGGGCUAUUCUUAGUCCUCCUGCAUCACUGAAUCAUGAACUUUCAAACACUGUGAGCCCACUGUUAGAACUUACAUUAAGUAACCUCAACACAAUGGAAGCCAUUUUACUUGAAAUGAAAAUUGCAGCCAAAGUGAAGAAUGAUCCUUUCAGUCAAGUGAUGACUGAAAUUGUGUGUUUUUACAGUCACAAUAAAGAAGGACCUUUUGAAAAAAUAGACAACUGCUACAUUUAUGAAGACACAAUACAAGUGAAGCUGAGAAAUCUAAAUCAUGUGAUGUACAUGGUGAUUGCAGUACAAACAAACAAAAUUCAGUCUUCGGCCAUAACCAUUUGGAAUUAUAUCCACAGAACUGUCUCGGUUGGACUUUAUGGGCCCAAACAUAUUCAUCCUUCUUUCACUACUGUUUUUACAGUUUUUGGUCAUAACUAUAUUCCAGAAAAACUCACCAUUUUUGACAUUCAAAAGGGUGGGAAAACCAUGCCUCCAGUUGUGUUUCAGCUGUGGGGAAAAAAUACAUUUUUACUUGAUAAGCCACAAGAUCUGAAUAUUUCUUUGACAUCCUAUAAUCCUGAUUUUGAAGUGAAGGUGCAAAAUCAAAGCAAAGGAAUUAAGGAAGAACAGUUGAAAGCAGGUACAAUGGUCCACAAACAAUUUCUGUUUUCUGUUCUGGAAAUGAAGGAAAUAUAUGCAUUUGUUUUCCUUGUUCAGAUUAAAAUUCCAGACAAUACACUAGUGACUGAGUUCCAUGUUAGCACUCCUGAUCCAGCUCCAAAGUUACCUGGGGUGACCAGUAAGCCAAAGCGCAUACAGAAACGCAAAGAGAUCAAAUCUGCUCCUUUCCUAUUCAUGUCAACAGUUAAAUAUCCAAAGUUUCAAGAUAAGACUCUGAAUAUUACCAGCUAUGGAGUGGCCUUAAAAACUGUUUUACGUCAAAAUAAGGUUGACUACUUACUAGAGUAUUUUAAAGGGGACACAAUUGCACUUCUUGGUGAAGACAGAGUAAAAGCCAUGGGGCAGACUAAAAUAAAAGAAUGGUAUGUGGGUGUUCUUAGAAAGAAGAUUGGUCUUGUGCAUUGCAAAAACAUCAAGGUAAUUCUGAAGGAACAAGCUAUUGACAUUACUGAAAGUGUUCUGGCAACCAGGAAUCUUCUUGAGCAAAUUGCACUGCCUUUUAAGAAACUGACCUACAUCUAUUCAUUAGUCCUAUCUACAGUAUCAGAAAGAGUUUAUAACUGGAGAGCCUUGGCUGAUGUACUAGGAUAUUCAUAUAUGUCACUGGAUGAUUUCAAUGAGGUACAAGCAGACAAAGAGUCAGAAAGAGUUGCUUACGUGGUGAAGAAAUUGAAGGAAGACUGCCAUUCAAGCAGAAGCAAAAGACAAUUCCUUUAUGAGCUUGUUAUUGCCCUGCUGAAGUUAGAUUGCCAAGGAUUAGUAGCACGUAUAACCCAGGACACCGUCAUUUUGACCGCAGCUGUCAAGCUUGGCAGAUACUGGAGAGAGCUGGCAGAAAGGUUAGCACGACUCACAAAGCAACAAAUUGAAGCUUAUGAAGUCCCACACCAGGGCAGAAAUGGAGAAGUUGCCCCAGAGAUGAUGUGGAAACCUGCAUAUGAUUUUCUAUACACAUGGGGUGCCCACUAUGGUGAGAGCUACAGAGAUGUAUUACAAGACCUGCAACUGGCUUUGGACAAAAUGAAAAACCCUGUGACUAAAGAUUGGCGAGCGUUAACUGGAGCUUUGAUCCUAGUAAACUGCAUAAAAGUCCUCAGGGCAAGUGCUUUCUCAAAGAUAGAAGAGGAACCCUGAAUCCUCUCCAGGAAGAUCUUUUGGAGAAUUAUCCUGCUGGGUUUUAUACUCUUUAAUUAAUUUUUUUAAAUCUCUGAUUUUACGAAAGAAAAUGGAACGAGUCCUUUUAGUUUAACUUUUUUCUAUACAGAAACCUCAACUGCCCAGGGCCAGAAGGGAAAGGUCUGAAGGGCCCUUACUGAAAGUUGUAAAAUAUUAUGAGAACCACAAUGACAUUGGGAUUACUAAGUGAAAUGGGUCAUUGAAAUGAUUUUAAUUAAAUGAACCAAUUCACAACAGAAAAAAGCGAGAAGACUACAAAUAUAGAUUAUGAGAAACAUUGUGAUUUAUAUCGCUGUGUUUUAGUUUGAAAUCAGUUCCCUACAGGCACAUACAUAUUCUCGGAGGGCCUUCAGGCACUUGACAUUUACAAAAAUGAUUUUUAUGUUGAAAUCCUGAAAGUUAUAAUUUUUAGACAGACUAUUGAACCUGUAUGGAGCCCCAGUGGACUCAAUAGUGUCACACCAGUGGAGUCCUAUCACACAUAGAGUCAGUUGGAGGAUUGGGAGACUAAUUUUCAGUUUGUAAAUUAUUUGAGUGCCCAGAAGAAGACACCUCAAGCUUAAUUUUCAGAUGUGCUUAGUCUUUACCACUAGGAUCUGAGCUGGUUAGGAAACAGAAUAUCAGUUCUUCAAAAAUUCUCAGAAUUCAGAUUUUUUUCCAUUCCAAUUUUGAAUGAAAAUCAAAAACAGAAGAAAUUCCAUGCAACUAAAAUCUCACAGUAGUUCAUUAUAGAAACACCAAAACACAGUACAACCACCAUUUAACGCUGUUUCACUUAUCGCUAUUUCGCUAUAAUGCUCUUUUAUAUUGAUACCCAAGGUUCACUUAGCACUCAGUGAGUUUCGUUAUAACACUCAUGGUCGCCAUCUUGGUUUAUCAAGCCUUUCAGUUUUGCUUAAUGCUUGGUUUUUUGGGAACCAAUUAAGAGUGCUAAGUGAGGGUUGCCCAUACUUACAAAAUGAAAUUAGCUUCUUUUCAUCUCAGCUCACUACUUGAUGGGCCACCUCAGAAAUGAAGACCCUGAAAAACUAGGCUCCCCAGUAGAAGCCAGACAGUUAGGAGUGCAAGACGGCAUGAAAACCAGUGGGAGUCCCAUUGAGAAUUCAAAGCCAGACUACUUCUGCAAAAUGUUAGGAUGAAUCAGCAAAUUCUAACAAAAAUAUUUUGCUGGAAUUUUUCUGACCAGUGUUAUAUGGGGUUUCAGUACCUCUAAAAACCAGUUUACAUAUUUUCAAUUGGGAACUUAAAAAAACAGAGGCUAAUGAAAAGUAGUGGGAACUUCUGAAAAGGGUUCUUAGCUUUGUAGAAAGAGUUUGCUGUUUUGGGGCUAUUUUUACACAACCAAGUCUAUACAUUUAAUAUGCAUCAGAAAUUCUGUAGUUUGUCUCACUUUAAGUGGUACUUUAAUCUGCAUGUUCCCCUGACGAACUACAGUUAGAUGAAAAAGGAGAUCUAUACAAAGCUGUUAUCAGAAUGCCAGUCACAAUCUAUGACCUUCUGGGUAAUCCACUACCUCUCAUAUUGCUGUUUUCAAAGAGAGUAGCUUAGCAGGCACAGAAAUAGAUCCAGAAUGCAUGAACCUUUAUUGUAUCUAAUUCUCAUUUGUGCCAUUAUUGCAGGCAAGUCAGCUAGUAUAUUGUCAAAAAGAUACAAGUGUUAAUCCUACAGCUAAAAGAAAGGAAAAUAUUUUAGGACCAUUUAUGAUUUGUUUAUACAGCAAUUCACACUUGCCUGAUUCCUACUGAUUGCAUGCACUAAAAUAAAUCUGUAUAGAUCCUUUUCAAUAGAAAUCUUACCAGUGUGAAGAAGCUUGUAAUAAAUGCAGCGCCCACACACAGAUAACAUAGGCUUGGGUGAUAGCUCCUGUCUGACCAAAUAAUCCCUUAUUAUUGUUAGCUGUUCAACUCAAGAGAAUUUUUAAAAACAAGCAAACUUUUGAUGGCUAAAUGAUAGCUCCAGGAACCAGAGCAAAACAUUUUAGAACUCAAACAGGAAAGAACAGCUCUGUCACAGGUAGAUCUCAAGGUCCAUUUGCAAAGUCGGCUUGUAAAGGGAAACCAGACAGUGGCCAACAUUUAGGCUAGGGACAGAAGUUGCACAUAAACUGUCUUAAGUAAUCAGAACCUGGUUUAAACCUGUAACAGAACAGAAUCAGCUCAGUGCACAUAAAGCAGUUUCAAAAUGGUUGAAACUGAUUUAAAAUAAACCUGGUUGAAUGUAGUAUAAGAUUUAACUGAUUUGGGUCAAACCGGUUUAUUCAAUGUCUGUCCCAGACCCCUUCCUGGUUCAAGUUAAAUCAGAGUUCCACAGCAUUCCAGCAAGCUUUCCAUCCCUGGGCUGGGCUGUGCUGUCUGUUCUAGAGAGCAGGGCUCCCUAGCUGGAGCAGUGAGGGGUGGCUGACAAGGGGAUGGGGGUCAAGCCCACCUGGGGAUAAAGCUCAGUCUACAAGGGAGGGGAGAGGGGGGGACCCCAGCCGGGGUUUGGGGCCAGGGAGGGAAAUUAAACACCCCUUCCCCCGCUCACAUUUGCUGCUGGCUGUGACUGUGGAUUACAAAUCCCAGAGGCAUCCUGAAGCAGGAAGAGGAAAUGAUGAGCAACCUGGCAGAGUCCUGUUGCUUUAAUUCAGGACUGCAAAUCCCAAAGACCUCAGGGGCAGCAGGAAGAGGAAGUGAACACACAACCCUGGCCUGAGCCACUGCCGGCAUGUGGCUGCAUUUCAUGUAUCAAAGAUAAAUGUGGUCACUUCUGUUUCAAUUUUCUGGGCAGUUUAGACUAAUCUGCAAAGACUGCCUCAGGUUUUUUGACUGUCUGUACCUAGCCUUAGAACAAAAAAAAAAUUUCUACCCUUUGAACCUUGCAUGAAUCUCAUACACUCGCACUGCAGUUUUAUUUCAGUGUGACUGACACAAAGAAGGGAGACUUUUAUUAAUCUGGAGAAGAAAAGACUGGUGGGGGAUUUAAUAGUAGCCUUCAACUACCUGAAGGAUGGUUAUAAAGAGGAUGGAGUUAGAUUUUUCUGAGUGGUGGUAGAUGAUCACUAGGAGGGUGGUAAAACACUGGAACAGGUUACCAAGAAAGGCUAUGGAAUCUCCAUCCUUGGAGGUUUUUAAGAUCAGGCACAACAGAGCCUUGGCUAGGAUAAUAGAGAUGGGGAGUUGGACUAGAUGACCUCUUGAGGUCCGUUUCUACCUUCAUUUUUUAUGAUUCUAUGAGCACAGAACAAAAGAGCAUAUUUACAAGAUCAUUUUCUUUCCCCGGCAUUAUUUUGACUUUCAUUAAACAUUCCCUAGUUACGCAGAACAUGGGAAGGGAGGCAGGUGCACUGAAGAGAUCUUGAUUUAUUAGAGAACUUCUCAUGUACUCAUGAAAAGUUCUCUACCCGUCAUUCAAGGCCUGAUACUUCCAUUGAAUUGGCAUUUCAUAAUUCAGUUGGCUUGAGUGCACACAUCCUGAUUUGUACCAAUGCUAGUGAACUGAGAAUCAGUCUUACAGAGCACUAAUGAAAAUAACAUCUUCUUUCUUUGACAAGGAAAUAAAAAAAAUCAGAGUUUGAGUUUAAAAGUUACAUGUUGUGGCCCUCUGUGUUCCGAGGCAUUCACAUGCACAUAAUGCCUGCCCUGCGGUGAUUCUUCAAGGAACUGGGGAAAGAAGGUGCAACUAAACUUCCCUACUGCUUUGAACUUCUUUGCAGCAGCCAGUCAUUGUGUCAUGAUAACACUAGAGAUGGCAAUGAACCAUUUGCAAACAGAGCUGGAAGAAAGCAUUAUUGCACAAGUUUUCCUUUCCCUUGUAUUGCCAAAGCAUGUGAAAAUGCAUAAAGUUUCUUCUUAAAGAGAAGAAUUAUGCUACAUUAUAAGCAGCCUGGGACUACCGGGAAGACUUGUAGUUAUGCCUUCCAGAAUAUUUUCUACUGCCAGACAUAUCAUAGUGCAGGAAGUGUUACAGUGCAGUACCCAGCUAGGCUAUGCUCAAUGUCUUCGUUGGCAGCUGCAGUAGGAAUUUUGCUGCUCCUUACAUUCCCAAGAAUGCGGGCAGACCUGUUACAUUGUGCUUUCCACUUCACAAUACAGUCUUGCUCUCAUGGUUGAAUGUACCCCAGUUGGCCACAUCCCUUUACUUGAAGUCAAGCCCUGUUCACCACCUCUUUUAUACCCUUUGCAAAAACCAUCAGGUCAGUUAUUAUUCACUACCACUUUUGAUGCAGCAUACCCUAUUCCUUUUGUGCCAAUUUUUGCACUGCUUACUACUAGUAUAUAUGCUGGUGUGUAAUUGCCUCAAGCAAUCAGAACAGCACAACAUAACGGGCACUUCCCAGCUGAGAGAGAGAGAGAGAGAGAAUGCUGCCAGAAACUUUCAGUUGCAAAAUGCCUCCAUUAGGUUUGCAGAUGCUUAUUUUUUUCAAAUUUAAAGGCCAACCCAUACUUGAAAGGGGAUUUUGACAAGCCUUGCACCAGAGAGAAAUUAUAUCAAUCAAGGAAUCGCAAAGGAGCAGGGGUUGCUUUCAUGUUGUGCCUAUUAUCAUACUAUCUCCUCUGACUUAAGACCUGAAUCGGCAGUGAUCUUGCAUCCUAUUGAACAAAACCUGAAUUUGGCCCAGUAUAUUUAGCAAAAUAUUUGGCUUAGUGAGUCAGUAAGCUCCUUAAUAUGCAAUAUUAUGUGAUCAGUCCUUGAUGUUUAUUUGUUUUAAGGAGGAUAUUUAUAGCUAAUGCAAUUAUGCAAGGCUCUAGGUUCUUGAGUUCUGGUCUUUAUUAGCUAAUUCCAUACUAAGUUUUGUUUUACAUUUCUCCUCAUGUGAAUGAAAUAAGCACUCAUGCAAUAUUGUUUACUUUAGCAGCCUACACUGAAUGUAAAAAAAAAAAAAAGGUAUUAAAACCCAUAUUUUAUUGAUUGCUUACAUAUUUAAAACCACAAAAUGCCAGUUCUGAGCAGCUGCUGAGAUCAAAUACAGCUGUUCUCUGCAGCAGCACUGAGCUUGGAGAACAUGGCCUUGGUAAACACUCUACUCUUAGCCCCUUUUGACAGGAUGUAGGAGCAAAGACCUACUGUCCCAUGAGCUUACAUAUUUAUCUUCCUUAGUCUUCAUGAGAAGGGGUAUAGUAGCAAAUCCCCCUGUGACUUUAGCCAUACCCUUGGGAGAGGACAAGGAAAAAUAUCUACCUUAUAACCACCCACAAUACAAUGCAUCUUUUUCCUUGACAUUUCCAGGUUUCCCCAUUUGUCAUUUUCGUUGCUGUCUUGUGGAGACGGAAACAUUGGACAAAAUUCCUUCUUCUCCACAUUCUUCUGUGGAAAAAAGGGAUGUAUUCAACCCUUUUCAUCUCUGAAGAGUCCAGCAAAAAGGUUCAAUAUCCCACCCCUACUUCCAGUGGGAAGGGUCUUAUUAAGGUGUGCAGCCGGCCUACGCCUAUAAUGUUGGGGAACACUUCUUGCACUCCUGCAAUGGCUCUUCAUAGAGCAGUCACAUCCAAAGGACAAAGGGUAAAGAGCAACUCCACCUCAGUCGCCCACCUAGAGUGCAGGUUUUUCCUUUGAUUAUGGAAUCUAUUUCCCUCAGUCCACUUCAGUGGGCCAAUUCAGCAGGACAGAAUCCUUAUUCUAAUCCUAAUCUAGGAAAGGGGUAAAGAGAGAAAUUAUUUGCUUCUACAAAUCUCUAUCCAUGAACUGAAAGGGGAAGAAAUGCUUUCUUCAUGGUUCCUCUGAAAGCAGAAGAUUUGGGAAUGGACAAAAGAUUGCCCCAUGAAGAAAGCAUAAGCAGGAGGGCUGGUCCACAACCAACUUCUUAGAAGACAUCAGCAGUAAUAGAAUGGCAGCUAGGGGAAUGGGGAGGCAACAUUUUGAAAUUUAGGGGCAUAGUCACCUUCCUUCCUUCUGUCUGGAAACACUGUAGGAAAGCAUGGACACGGUGGAUUCCAGGGAAGCUAUGACAGGGAAUGAAUCACUCUAUAUACUGUGCUCAUAUGCUUUCUGUCUAAUGCACCCACUUGUGCAACUGUCAGAGACAGGAUACAGAGCUAGAUGGAUGGUUGAUCAGACCCACUCUGGCACCUCUUGUGUUCUGAUGUUUGUUUUUCUUUCCACUGAGAAAAAGAAAGAGGUUGGGGUUUUGUGCAUACCUCUCUGGUGAUUUACCAAGGGGUUUGGGCUUUGCACAAUGCAAGCUUCUAUGCUAAUAUGAAGGCUUAAGCAACUAAGAAAUAUUUCUGAGUUUCUUCUAGUAGGCUCUCAGGUCAGGCAAGACCAUCCAUGCUAGAAAUAUUGUUGUUGAGAGUUAUAACCUGUAAGUAUCCUGUUCUGAACAAAUCCCAGAUUGUUUAUUGUCCUUGCAUAGGUUCUCACUGCCACCUGAACCAAGUAGGUGGAUAAAGCUUUGCCAUUCUAGUUUGCAUUUUGUAGUCACUUUACAUAAAUGCAAAUUUCUAUGAAAGGUCAAUGAGUGUAUGACGCACACUCUGGGCCUCUUUUCUUCCUUUCACACCAGUUUAACUUCAUGAAUUUACGUGAAUUUCCUGCCAGUUUAUACUAGUAUGAGUGCAGAAACAGGCUAUUCAAGUCAGGGAUUUUCUCAACCUUUCUAGAUACCUAAAACAAACGUUACUCAGAUGCAAGUGAUAACCUGUUUCAUGUACUAUUUCUGUUGCUGUCAGUACAGGUCUGAAAAUAAGUACCAGUUACAAAUAUAAGGCCCUCUGCAGAUUACACUUAGUACAGAAAAAUUGUGAAUUUAUUUGUUACCAGUAUAUUUGUUUAUUUUUUACCUGAACUUUUUUAAAACCUUACAGUAUAUAUUUUUAAACAUAAUAAACAAGGGAAAAUAA